CAUUCGCGUUGAGUGUGGUUCGUUCCAGCACGAGUCUUGUAUCGUGUUUACCUCCCCCACACACCCCACACACGCACACACACAUCUCCCUCUCAACCACCCUCACCCUCCCCUAACAUCCGUCAUUAUUAUUAAUCGCCGUGGCUCUUGAUAAUAUCGCCGUCACCGCAGUUGCGCAGCAUCGUUUACCGGUGGGGGGGUGGUGGUGGUGGUGGUGCAGCUUGUCGCAGCUGCCAUGCACGACGCGUCGGACGACGACGAGGCCGAGAGCGCGGAGAACGCGGCGGCGGAGGCGGGCGAGUUGUGUGGGCAGCUGAGCAAGUGGACCAACUACCUGCUGGGCUGGCAGGGACGAUGGGUGGCGGUGCGUGGAGGGACGCUCACGUACUGCCGCUCGGCCGACGAGAGCGAGUUUGGAUGCCGCGGGGCCAUUUGUCUGGCCAAGGCGCUCAUCACGCCCCACGAGUUUGACGAGUGCCGCUUUGACAUCUCGGUCAACGACAGCGUGUGGUAUUUCCGUGCGGAAGACCCUCAGCACCGGCAAAUGUGGGUGGAGGCUCUGGAACAUCACAAGCUGCAGACAGAAUCGGGGUAUGGAUCCGAGUCCAGCCUCCGGCGUCACGGCUCCAUGCUGUCACUCACUUCCGGGGCGAGUGGUUUCUCAACCACAUCCACCUCCUCCUUCAAGAAGGGGCUGGGGCUGCGGGAGAAACUUGCGGAAAUGGAGACCUUCCGGGACAUCCUCUGCCGGCAAGUGGACACGCUCCAGAAGUACUUUGACGUCUGCGCGGACGCGGUGUCAAAGGACGAGCUGAGCCGAGACAGAGGUCUGGACGAGGACGAUGACGGCUUCCCAACGCCCCGGCCCUGCGAGGAUCACUUCUUCUCGAGCAACACCAAGGACAAACUCCUGCAGCUCUUCAUGCCCAAGGACAUAAGCUGGAUCGACUUCAAGGGAGAAGCAAUUACUUUCAAGGCCACGACAGCCGGGAUCCUCGCCACGCUGUCGCACUGCAUCGAUCUGAUGGCCAAGCGCGAGGAGAGUUGGCAGAAGCGGCUGGAACGGGAACAAGAAAAGAGAAAAAAGGUGGAGGAGGCCUACAAGAAUGCCUUGGAGGAGCUCAAGAAGAAGUCUUACAUUGGGGGCCCAGACUACGAGGAAGGGCCCAACAGCCUUAUGAACGAAGAGGAGUUCUUCGAUGCCGUGGAGGCUGCUCUUGACCGGCACGAGAAGAUGGAAGAGCAGCAGCUGGAGCGAAUGCGGGGAGUCACGCUGUGUCCUGACCUGGUGCCCGACACGCUCAGCAUCCGCGUGCACCGCUUCUCCCAGCAGGUGGAGGAGUCCAUCAAGAACCACAUGCAAUACUCGCUGCAGGACGUCGGCGGCGAUGCCAACUGGCAACUCCUCGUGGAGGAGGGCGACAUGAAGGUUUACCGACGGGAGCUGGAGGAGAACGGGAUUGUGCUGGACCCGCUGAAGGCCACGCACGCCGUGCGGGGCGUCACGGGCCGCGAAAUCUGCCACUACUUCUGGAAAGUGGACCACCGCACUGAAUGGGAGAGCACGGUGGAGAUGGUGCGUCUGGUAGAAACUCUGUCGGAGAACGAAGUCAUCGUUUACCAGACGCACAAGACGGUGUGGCCGGCCUCUCAGCGCGACAUCCUGUACGUGUCGAGUUGGAAGAAGGUCCGAGCCACCAGUGAGAACGACCCCGACACGUGGGUGGUGUGCAACUUCUCAGUGGACCAUGCUGAUGUGCCGGUUACGAAUCGCUACGUGCGAGCCAAGAUAAACGUGGCGCUCAUUUGCCAAACACUAGUGAGCCCCCCGGACGGCAACCAGAACAUCCAGCGGGACAACUUGCUGUGCCGGAUCACGUAUGUGGCAAACGUGAAUCCUGGCGGGUGGGCGCCGGCCUCGGUCCUCCGCGCGGUCGCCAAGCGGGAGUACCCCAAGUUCCUCAAGCGCUUCACGCAGUACGUCAAGGAGCGUACGGCCAACAAGCCGAUCCUCUUCUGAAGCGGCGCUCGCCGGGCCCUCGACCAGCGCGACCGGCGCUUCUCCGUCUGGCACCCGCGGAAUCGACGACGACGACGCUUGCGGUGCCGGUGUGGUGUCCCCCGUGGCGCGCGGCCAUGUGGUCCCCCAUACUCGCAUCUGCUCGGCCUAAACACAUGGCCUCAACCGAGCUGGUCACCCAGACAGGGAUCAUCCAGAACCUUUCGGGCAUUGCCAACAGAUGUGCGCACAGCACUGCUAACUUGCACCGCUUUUUAAACAACAAAAAAACUUUUAAGAGUCAUUUUGGAGAUCAGAGCAACUGGGAAUAAGGUUCACGGUAUUUUUUUUUUUUAUAUAUACGAGUUGUUUACAUCCGAACAUGCGCUUGUUUUUCUGCAUUGGUUGUAAAAGGCGUCCAACCUUUCCGCGGCUGGGCUGUCGGCCCGAGUGAAAACCACUGCCUUAAUUUCAACGCGCGUAUCUGGCAUUCUCUUGGUAGCAUGUGCAGGGAGAGUGGGGGGGGCGAGGGGUGGCCUUUGUUCGUCACCGCGUCCCUUCCGUAUGACCUCUGCACGUGACCACCCUCGAUGUGAUUAUUCAUAGUUUCUUCCUGUUUAGUGGCGUUAAGUGUGAAUUAUGCCAUUCUUCUGCGCUCCCUGCACAGAAUGAGGCGACAGUGCUGGCCCCUUGCUAUUAUUUCCAUAAGCUGCUGAGUUGAUAUGAAGGUUGAUCUGCGUAGUUUGCCUUUUAUUAACAAUGACAGCUACGGUCACGUGGAGAUACAGUACAGCAUUGUACUGUGCCAAGAAGGUGAUAUUUAAUCCUUUGGUAAGUGCAUCUUUUUUACGUUAAAAGUAGAAAUGUGUUUUCAGCACAACGAUAAUUAAUGAACACUGUCCUUGUGUACUACAAGGGUCCAUGCCCUCACUGUUUAAAAGUUGUGUUCCUUUCCACUUUUUCCACUUUGUGAAGAUCCGGCCCAAAUUCCGCAACCUUCCUGUGGCCUCCAAUCAUCUUGUACAGACUCUUAAUGCUUUAGCCAAAUGCUCUCCAUCCGAUUGUUUGUGUCUUAUUUAUGUAUUUGUUUUGUUGCAGAUAUCCCUGUCCCAUACAUGUGUAUAUGCCGUGUGGCAUGUCUUUAUUCCCGAUUUAGUAAUUUAAGCUUUGAGCAUGAAGUUCAAAACGCUUAUUUCUGAUUUAAUGGUCCCAAUGUUGUGAUACUCUUUAUACAAAUCUGUAAACAUCAUCACAUCCAUGGGCAGAUGGCCCGUAGGUGCCCACUGCAUAUUUCGUCACCUGUUUCCACUUUCUUCUGUCUUGUGCCAAUAUGCUCAAGUAGUGCCACAUCUUUCUCGCACCAAUCUCAUAUGUUGCUGUCAAGGCAUUCUCUGUUCGGUCUUUCUCUUUUUCCGAUUCCUUCCAUUUUUCCCCCGAACAACAACAACACACUUUUCAUUUUUUCUGUCGCUGUCCAUCCUACAUAUGUGUCCAUCUCAUGCGUAAACAAUUCGUAGCAAAAUGGUCCCAAUUUUUGUGUUGGACUCUUUAUAUGAAUCCGUAAACAGAGCUGUAGCUCAAGAGGGGAGGGUGGUGGUGGUGGGGAGCUGGUCUGCUCCCACACCGUGAGUGCUGCCUUUGCUGCAGCCCAGAGUGGUUUCGUGCUCCAAUGAAGACCCGACGAUCUGUCUGUUCCCCGAGGCGUUCCGUGCGCAAGGCGUGCGAGACCGGGGGUUGUGACGACCUGGCGCACAUUUGGGCGCCGAGUGAGCGAGCGAGUGAGCGCUCGUGCUCGGAAAGUAAUCGGUUGCCGUCAAAGCGCUGCUGCCACGGGAGUGGAAACAUCGCCCAUUCACGGCAACACCCUCCGCUGUCCGUUACACAAUCGGGAGGAGGUGGAUCAGAAGUCUGAGUGCCGAGUUGGCAUCGCCGAGAUCCUGGGUUUGAAUGUGCGUUUCGGUCACCUGUGAUUAGACUUGCUGCUUCCCAAGGCUGGCGAGUCAAAGGUCCGCGCCAAUGAUGAAUUUUUCUAAGUUCCCACUCUGCGAAUUAAACAGUUUGUCACGUGACAAAUGUGACACUGCAGCAGUGGGGUGAAUCGAGAGUGCUGCCCCCACGAGUGUGGACAAGAGGUCACGUGAAUGGAUCUCAAAAGUAGAUCUGAUAUCUGCAUCUCUGGACUAUUUCCGAAGCUGGAGAGUUGCACAGCUCUGCGAGGGGUUCUGAAUGAAAUAUUUAAUCUCGUGAAAUUGUGGAAAACUACAACAGCAAAACAUUAUUUUGUCCAUGAUGUGUUUUUAACGGAUUUCCGUGACCCCCUGCAGGCACCAGACGUGCUACAUUCACCACCGUGUUAAACCGUAAUCCAUUCUUGAAUCGUGGUCCCAAAUCGUAACAUUAUGAAAUAACUAGUGGGGUGAAUUGAUGCAUGCCUCAUUGAAAGUUCUUGGGCUCGGAGAGCCAACAAGCCGGAUGACGCGAGACUUACCACAGUUUGGAUCGAGACACUAAAAUGUAACAUUGAGGCGCAGGGGUUUCUGGGACUGAUAAAAGUCGAAGCCUCCGCAGAGCGCUUCUCGUCGCGAUUGACCAAUCACAGGCACCCGAAACGCCAAUUCGCAAACCCCUCCCGUUGGCCGAGCAGCGCAGUGCCGCCCUGUUUGAACCCCUGGCGUGAAGUCGCAGUGACUGCACGGAAGCCGUCGGCUUCACAAGUCCGGUGUCCCUCGGGUCUGAAGGAACGGGUCAGAAUGUGCUGAUCCCAAAGAGUUUACUGCAGCGUGGGAUUUUAGCUUUGGAAAUGCAGGGCAAAUGCAAUGAUGGAGAUUGAUUGAAAGUCUGUCGACCGUAGUUUGUGUGUGUGUGUAUAGUUGUGAUUGUAAAUGAUGACAAAUCAACAUCUGGUGGUUAACUGGAUAAUCGUACUUUGUGUGUGUGCGCGCGUGUGACUAAAUGACACAUCAAUGUAUGGCGAUUCGUUGGUUAAAUAAACACGCCAGAUGAUUUAAUGAUUAAUUAUCAAAAUGCCCAUGCUUACAUUUAUUUUCACAUGUACGUUUUGAGUCGAUGGCAAGUUGCAUACAAUUAUCGGAUCACAAUGCAGGCCUGAUUUGUUAAUCUGUGCCGCAUGUUUAUUAUUGUGACAACUUAAAACAUGUUUUAUUUAAUAAAAAAAAGUGUUAUUCUCCCUUUGCACAGGCCUGCGAUGUACCGUAUGCCAAGUGAAAGUUACUGUUGGAAGGUCUUAAAUUACCACGUCCUUAUGAACGUUUCAACUGAACUCAAUCGGAAUGGUCAGUGCUGUUUAAUUUAGCUAGUGUGUUUUAAUUUUCCUCUUUUAGUAAAAAAAAAAUGGUGUUUGUUUUAUAAUGUGACUUAUCAUACUCAUUACUGGGUUUCCAAUUUGCAUUGUUGGUCAAGUACGAUCAUCUAUUUAUACGAGUAAAAGUUAAAAUGAACUUUAAUUGAUGAACAGUAAUUCUACCCCCUGAAAAUAAUUAUCUAAUUAAAACCAAGGCAAUUCCACCACCUUUAUCAUUUGAUACAUAUUUUGAGAAUGUGGCGAAUGACAAGAACAAACGUCUUUAUUCCUAAUAAACGGAAUUGAAAGUACUGAAGGUCAUCGAUUAUAGUUUGUUAUUUUUCCUCCCAUGGACAGCGGGUCAUCGUUUCCAUGUUCCUGUUGAGGUGGAUUUACGUGAAAAUGUUGUAUUGAAAUAAAUAUAUUCAAACGCCGUGUA